AUGAAGAUUGAAACAGUCCGGGAUGCUUUUCUGAGCGACUACGAAGUACUGCAGUUCUUAUCAAAACUACAGCGAAAGCACCAAUGGGUCACAGAUGGAGAUAUUGAAAUGACGGACAGUAAAUCGAAAUGGAGGAAACCAAGGCCCUACAACCACCCUGAACUCCAAUCGAUAACCAGAGAUACUGUGAACUACUUAAGCAUGAACAAGGAAACCGAUCCAGAAGACGCUGAGCAGCCAGCAAGUCAGCCAACGAAGUCAGGAAUUACUAGGUUGAACGAUGAAAAAUUCACAAUUCUCAUGCGCAAGCUAGGCGAAUUCGAUCUGUACAAGUUGGAAAAAUUGCAAAUAGUUAACCAGCUACCUACAAAUGUAGUUCAUUUAUUCUCGAUUGUUGAAGAGUGUGACAGCAGAUAUAGCGAGGAGCAAAUCAGCGCUAUAAUCGAGGCCGUUCAAGAGGCUUCCACUUAA